AUGAAACGGAAAGCUGAGAGUCCCGAACUGUCUUCCAAAAAGGCACCCAAACUCGACGACUAUUGUAACACUCAACCCAAUCGUGAUGAUCACGGCAACAUCGUAUGGCCGGCACAAGCGAGACAGAUCGUAGCUGCUCAAGAAUUUUUGAGGGAGUGUGCUUCAUCUCAGAAACCAACUCUUAUUGUCCCAGAUAAGGAUGCAGAUGGGCUGAGUGCAGGAGUAAUUGUUCAUAGAACAUUGAUGAAAAUGGGACUUGACUCGAAGUAUCUCGAUGUCCAUCUCGUGCAGAAAGGUUCCAACAUCCACGAAGACAACGAGAGAAAAGCCAUGCAAGAGAAGAAGCCUAGCUAUGUCAUUGUUCUGGAUCAAGGGAGCAGAGGUGGACCUCCAGUCAUAGAUAACCCAGAUGUCAGAUCCAUCAUCAUUGAUCAUCAUCUAAGUGACGAGUUCCCAAAGGAUGCGCAGGUCGUCUCGGCAUGCCAUUGUCCACCAGUGGCAACCACAUCCCUCCUCAUAUACGAGAUAUGUAAAGAACUGGAUCCAGAUAUUGCUUCCGAAUGCGGGUAUCUAUGCGCAAUUGGAACCCACGGCGAUCUCGGGAACACGCUUAAAUGGCUGCCUCCAUUCCCAGACAUGGCAGAGACAUUCAAGAGACACACUAAGAAGCUAAUCAAUGACUGCGUCUCUUUCAUCAAUGCUCCUCGAAGAACGGGCACGUAUGAUGUGAUAACAGCUUGGACUGCUCUCCUAGAAGCGAAAGAUCCAAAACAAAUAAUGAACAACAGACGUCUGGCAGAAGCAAGAGAAGAGAUCAAUAUCGAAGUCGAGAAACAGACUCACACCCCACCGAAAUUCAGUAAGGAUGGCAAGAUCGCUGUGUUGAAGAUAAACAGUAAGGCACAAGUACAUCCAGUAAUCGCUACUCGAUGGGCGAGCCACCUGAAGUCAAAAGCCCUCGAAAUAGUCAUGGUUGCCAACUAUGGCUACUUACCAGGAAAAGUCAAUUUCUCCUGCCGCAUAGCACGAUGCGCUCGUGGUCGCGACCCUCCAAUUAACAUCAUCGAGUCGUUGAAAGCAGUUGCCGAUCUCGACACCACAGAUCUGGUUCAGAGACUAGGAGAAAGUUUUGCACGUGGGCACAAAGAGGCUUCUGGUGGGAUAGUGAAUACCGCUGAAUUUGAGGAGCUGUGUGGCUUAAUGAAGGUUGGGGAGAAACCAGACAAGGUUGAGGGUGAGGGGGUAGGAGCCAAGAAGAAGGUGGAGACGAGUCCACAGAAGAAUACGUUGAAUAACUACUUCAAGAAAUCUUGA